GGGGGCCGCCGGGAGCGGGCGCUCCCCGUACCGAGGGGCUCGGCGGAGGCGCGACAUGGCGGCGCGGGCCGGCUGCUGAGCCGUCGGUGGCUGCGGCGGGGCGGGCGGGAGCCGCGGGGAGGCGGCGGCGGGCAGCACGCGCAGGGAGGGAAGCCGAGCCAAGCCGGCGGAGAAGAGCCGAGGAAGGUGGCGGGGCCGGCUGGGGCCCCCGGGCGGCGGCGGCGGGGGCGGCGGCGAUGGCCCAGUGCGUGCAGUCGGUGCAGGAGUUCAUCCAGGACUCGUUCGUGCCCUUGGUGGCCGCGCUGUGCAGCGAGGAGGCGGAGAGGCUCACCCGCAAGAACAGCCUGAGCUUCGCCGAGCUGGUGAAGCCCUUCUGCCGCCUCACCUCGGAAGUUCACAUGAGAGAUCCUAAUAAUCAGCUUCACAUAAUUAAAAAUUUGAAGAUUGCUGUCAACAACAUUAUUACUCACCCACCUCAGCCCGGUGCCAUUCGAAAACUUCUGAAUGAUGUUGUGUCUGUCAGUCAGCCUGCCGAAGGACUAGUAGCUAAUGUGAUCACAGCUGGAGAUUAUGAUCUCAACAUUAGUGAUCGCUCAGUUAAAGCUAGUGUUCCUUGGUACAGUAAUUGGAAAGAGACACUGAUGGAACUGAACACAUCCACGUUUUAUUCAGCUACUACGCCUUGGUUUGAGUCUUACAGAGAAUGCUUUCUUCAGUCCAUGCCUGCAUCAGAUCACGAAUUCUUAAACCACUAUGUUGCAUGUAUGCUUGUAGUUUCUUCUAGUGAACCAGAGCCUGUGGAGCAAUUUCUGAAGCUGUCUCAAGAACAACAUCGAAUUCAGCAUAGUAGUGAAUACUUAUAUCCCAAGUGGUUUAUCCCAAACACACUCAAAUACUAUGUGUUACUGCAUGAUGUAAGCACAGGAGAAGAACAAAGAGCUGACUCCAUUUAUGAAGAGAUGAAGCAGAGGUAUGGAACUCAGGGUUGCUAUUUGCUGAAAAUAAAUUCUCGGGUGUCUAAUAGAGGAACAGAUGAACAGAUACCAGAUCCUUGGAGUCAGUACCUUCAGAAAAACACUAUCCAGAACCAGGAUUGCUAUGAAGAUUCUUAUACUGUGAUUUCAAACAAGAAUACUGAUCACUUGAUAUCAGAUGGCUUAGAUGGUGAAAUUAAAGAUGGCCUGUCAAAUAACUUUAAGACUCACCCCCUUCAACUGGAUCAUCCCAGCGGCAGUUUGGCUAGCACUGAUUACAUGAAGGCUACUGCAUCAUUGCAAGAGUCAAAGAAACCAAAUUCUGGAACGCCUCAUGGUGCUUGUUUAACACUCACAGAUCACGAUCGAAUUAGACAGUUCAUACAGGAAUUCACGUUUAGGGGACUUUUGCCACAUAUAGAGAAGACAAUUCGGCAACUUAAUGAUCAGUUAAUAUCCAGGAAAGGCUUGAGUCGAUCACUGUUUUCCGCUACUAAAAAAUGGUUUAGUGGCAGCAAGGUUCCAGAGAAAAGUAUAAAUGAAUUGAAGAAUACUUCUGGUUUGCUGUAUCCACCAGAAGCACCAGAGCUUCAAAUCCGGAAAAUGGCAGACUUGUGCUUUUUGGUGCAACACUAUGAACUUGCAUAUAGCUGUUACCAUACAGCAAAGAAAGACUUCUUAAAUGAUCAGGCAAUGCUUUAUGCAGCUGGAGCACUGGAAAUGGCAGCAGUAUCAGCUUUUCUUCAGCCUGGAGCUCCUAGACCGUAUCCUGCUCAUUAUAUGGAAACAGCAAUUCAGACCUAUCGAGAUAUCUGCAAGAACAUGGUUCUGGCUGAACGCUGUGUGCUGCUUAGUGCUGAAAUCUUAAAAAGUCAAAGCAAAUAUUCGGAGGCAGCUGCUCUUCUGAUUCGUUUAACUAGUGAGGAUUCAGAUCUUCGCAGUGCACUUCUGUUGGAGCAGGCAGCCCAUUGCUUUAUAAACAUGAAAAGUCCCAUGGUUAGAAAGUUUGCAUUUCAUAUGAUAUUGGCUGGUCAUGGGUUUAGUAAAGCAGGCCAGAAAAAACACGCUUUACGUUGCUACUGUCAAGCCAUGCAGGUUUACAAAGGGAAAGGCUGGUCUCUUGCAGAAGACCAUAUUAACUUCACUAUUGGUCGCCAGUCCUUUACGCUUUGUCAGCUUGACAAUGCUGUGUCUGCCUUCAGGCAUAUUUUGAUCAAUGAUAGUAAACAAUCUCCAGCUCAGCAAGGAGCUUUUUUAAGAGAAUAUCUUUAUGUUUAUAAGAACGUAACCCAGCUAUCACCUGAUGGUCCCUUACCACAGCUUCCUUUACCAUAUAUUAACAGCUCAGCAACCCGUGUCUUCUUUGGGCAUGAUCGAAGACCAGCAGAAGGUGAAAAGCAGGCAGCUACGCAUGUAAGUCUCGAUCAGGAGUAUGACUCGGAGUCAUCACAACAGUGGAAGGAACUUGAGGAGCAGGUCGUAUCUGUGAUAAAUAAAGGAAUAAUACCUUCAAACUUUCAGCCAACACAGUUCUGUUUAAAUCGCUACUCGGAUAACUCCAGAUUUCCACUUGCGGUGAUAGAAGAACCAAUAACUGUAGAAGUGUCUUUCCGAAACCCUCUGAAAGUUCCACUUCUUUUGACUGACCUUUCAUUACUGUGGAAGUUUCAACCUAAAGAUUUCAAUGCAAAGCAUGAUGGAGAAACAGAGCUGGGAACAUGUGAUAAUGAUAUGAUAGGAACUGAAGCAAUAGCAGAAUUUUUAAUUAAUAGCGAGGAAACAAAAGUGGCAAGACUAAAGCUCUUUCCCCAUCAAACAGGGGAGCUACAUAUUCUGGGAGUCGUUUAUAAUCUUGGCACUGUUCAGGGUGCUGUGACAUUAGAUGGGAUAGAUCCUUCUGUUGCAUUACAGACAGGAAAGUUUGUCUCCAAUGGGUUAUCUGUACGAGGACGACAAGAUUUAGAAAUCCAAGGGCCUCGACUUAAUAACACAAAAGAGGAAAAAACAUCUAUCAAAUAUGGACCUGAUCGACGUUUAGAUCCCAUUAUUACAGAAGAAAUGCCUUUGUUGGAGGUGUUCUUUAUAAAUUUUCCUACAGGGCUUCUCUGUGGCGAAAUCAGAAAAGCGUAUGUAGAAUUUGUGAACGUAAGCAAGUGUCCUCUUACCACACUGAAGGUUGUGUCCAAGCAUCCAGAAUUUUUUACUUUUGGUGGAAAUACUGCUGUUCUAACACCACUAAGUCCUUCAGCUUCUGAAAACUGUAGUGCUUACAAGACUGUAGUGACAGAUCCUACCUCUGUGCGUACAGCACUGCUAUCUUCAGCUUCUUCUGUAGACUUUGGGGUUGGCACAGGAGGUCAGCCUGAAGUAAUACAUGUCCCACUUCCUGAUGCUGUUCUUCUUCCUGGAGCUUCAGUGCAGCUGCCAAUGUGGUUACGGGGACCAGAUGAAGAAGGUGUUCAUGAAAUUAACUUUUUAUUUUACUAUGAAAGUAUUAAGAGACACUCAAAAAUGUGUCAUAGAGUAUUAAGGCACACAGCAGUUAUUUGUACUAGCCGAUCUCUACAUAUUCGAGCUACUGUCUGCAGAAGUAAUGCACUUGAAGAUGAAGAAGGCAGAGGGGACAAUAUGUUGGUGUUCGUGGAUGUUGAAAAUAUCAAUACUAGUGAGACUGGUGUUAAAGAAUUUCAUAUAGUGCAAGUUUCAAGUAAUAGCAAGCACUGGAAGCUUCAAAAAUCUGUUAACAUCUCUGAAGACAAAGAUACUAAACUUGCUAGCAGAGAGAGAGCGAAGUUAUGCUUUAAAGCAGUAAGAUGUAAAAACUCAGAAGAAAAUUACACAUUUGCAGACAUUGUCUUUGGAAAUGAACAGAUAAUAAGUUCAGCUAGUCCUUGUGCAGACUUUUUUUUCCAAAGCUUAUCCUCUGAAUUUAAAAGAACACAUGUGCAGUCUCAUACUCAUGCAUCUCAAAGGGCUGUGAAACAAUCAUUUGAUGAGACAGUCAGAUUGAUACAAAGAUGCAGUGAAGUUGACUUGAACAUUGUUGUACUGUGGAAGGCAUAUGUUGUGGAAGACAACAAGCAGCUUAUUUUGGAGGGCCAGCAUCAUGUUGCCCUUAAUACAGUUGGGAAGGAGGCUUCUUCGUUUCCUCAGAAGCAGGAAUUACCAGAAACAGUUCUCUUAAAGUUUUUUCGACCAGAAAACACACCAGUCCCUGCGAGACCAACGCCAGAGCAGCUUUCCAAUCUUAUCAAGACAAGUCUUCAUUAUCCAGAGUCUUUCAAUCAUUCUUUCCAUCAAAAAAGCCUCUGUCUGGUACCUGUCACUCUCCUACUUUCCAAUUGUUCCCAGGCAGUUGUAGAUGUAAUGAUUGAUUUGCGGCAUAAAACAACAAGCCCAGAAGCACUAGAAAUUCAUGGAUCUUUUACGUGGCUUGGGCAAACACAGUACAAGCUUCAACUUAAAAGCCAAGAGGUCUAUAGCUUGCAGCUGAAAGCUUGCUUCGUUCAUACAGGUGUCUAUAAUCUUGGAACCCCCAGAGUAUUUGCCAAGCUAGUGGACCAAGUUACUUUGUUUGAAACGAGUCAGCAGAACUCCAUGCCUGCACUGAUUAUUAUUAAUAAUAUCUGACCACUCCCUGAAAAAAUAAAUCACACUAAAAGACAAAAUAAAUGGGAUUCUUUUCUUAUAUUGCUGGUUGACAUUUUGCUGCAGUUUUUGGAAAUAGCACCUCAAACAUCUAACUUGUUACUAAAGAUUGUGUAGGAAAGAAAAUAGCAAAAUAUUCAGACUACUUGUCAACUUGUUUCUCAAUGCAACGCACGUUGGACUGAAAAUACGUUUAUCCUUUUAUAAUGUAUUUCUUCUCUGGUAAUUAAGAUAUUCAUAACACAAAAUACUCUGACUCCAAAUCUGAACAUAUUUGUAUGUCCUAUGCCCUGUCAAAAAUGCAGCUUGACUGCUGUUACAACUUCCAGCAUGGUGUGUUUAAUAUUUGUGGCUGUAUUAGGAUAUGGUUCAGGAAGAAACCCUCAUUGGCUUUUUCCUGUCUGAAGCCAUUAGUCAUGAUAAAUCCCAGCCUUACUGUCAAGUUCAAUAAGGUAUCUGAAAGCUGUUUCUGUUUCUUAGUUUUUUAGUUCAAAAUUUUGUUUUGAUUUUCAUGUUUAUGGAAACCAGUGACUUUCCAAGGUUUACAUAAAAGUCCCACCUAAGGUGUUUAAAAAAUUCCUCAAAGAAUUUGAGUAUUUUCUCAUUCAUCUCAACACAGAAUGCACUAACUCCCAACCAUGAGAUUGUCAUUUAAAUUGUCACUUGCUUUAUGAUGUAACUAUAACAAUUGAUCUGUUUUAAAAAAAUCUACUCAAGAUUUUCAGAAAUGUAUUAUAUUUAUAACAAAUGUACUGUAAAUAGAAUAAAACAUACGCCAUAUUCACUGUA